UCUAUUGAAGCAAGGAAAGAGCAAGGGAGAAAGAGAGCACACAGGCAGCCCAGCGAGUCUCUCAGGGCCCCCCGAGCUACAGAUUAGGGAUUUAGGUGCUGCUUGGAAAGUCAUGGUCACUGCCUGCACCCAGAGGACGUCGCUUAGCUAAGGAAAGAAUAAGCCCCCAGUCCUCCAUUGCCUCAUUUAUGAAGCCAGCCGUGCAGCUGCAGUGAAACAGGCAACCAUAGGCACCACCAGGAGCAAAGCACACUUGGGUGUCGUACCCUGAAGGGGAGAUCCAGGCUGUUUGAGAAGUCAUCCUCCACACUGUGUGCUGCCUAGCCAGGCAGGGGUUCCCCAGCCUGUGUGUUUGGGUGAAGAAGCAGUCUGUGUGUUUAGGUGCUUCUGUUUUGUGUUCCUAGUCCCUCCAGCCUGUGGAUUCAUGCAGAUUGGUGUGAAAAGCCAGGUCACAGGGAGACCCGUUCAGUGAUCUCUGGCAAGGCUAGUGUGCUCCCCUCCCCAGCUCUCACACAUAAACAAACAGUUUCUGAAUGUGGGAAGCUGCAGAGACCCCCGGAUCGCGAAAUGUGGGGAUGGAAGGCGCAAAGUGUGACUCGCCGCCCUCCACAUCUUCGCCUGGAGCAGCAUGAAGCAGAGCCCGCUGAGAGCCGUGCCAGCCGAGGAAGACGAAGAAGUUACUGCCUGCACCCCUUCUUUUCCCCCACCAGGAUUGACACCUCCCUGCACCAGCUAAGCCUCGGGGGGAUCACGGAGUACAGUCCCCGGGCUGCCCCCCAUCACUGCCCUACUCGGCCACAACAUGGCCUCGGCUGCCUAUGCUACUGAAUUGCAGGGCAGUGGGGAGCCAGCUGCCCGACCGAGGGUAAUCAGGAGGAGGGGAAGAAACAGAAUUGUGUCGCCGCCUGACCUGGACUAUCUUCAGCGGCCGAGUUACUGCGAUGCGGAUUUCGCUCUGCAGCAAAUCUCGGAGGGGAAGGCUACAGGCAGAAAAGCUCCAUUGUGGCUCCGAGCUAUGUUUCAAAGACUAUUAUUUAAACUUGGUUGUUACAUACAAAAAAACUGCGGAAAGUUUUUGGUUGUGGGCCUUUUGAUAUUUGGUGCUUUUGCUGUGGGAUUAAGAGCUGCAAAUCUAGAGACUAAUGUUGAAGAGCUUUGGGUUGAAGUUGGGGGCAGAGUUAGCCGAGAACUUAAUUACACCCGUCAGAAGAUUGGAGAGGAAGCCAUGUUUAACCCACAGCUUAUGAUCCAGACCCCUCUAGAAAAUGGUGCCAAUAUUCUUACAACAAAAGCUCUGAAACAACAUCUUCAUUCAGCACUUGAAGCCACCAAGGUGCAAGUCCUCAUGUACAACAAGAAAUGGAAGCUAGAAGAAUUAUGUUUUAAAUCAGGAGAACUCAUCACUGAAAGUUAUAUGAGCCGUUUUAUAGAAUCUUUAUAUCCCUGUUUAAUUAUCACACCUUUGGACUGUUUUUGGGAAGGAGCAAAACUUCAUUCUGGAAGGGCCUAUCUACCAGGUAAACCAACUUUACAGUGGACAAACUUUGACCCUAUGGAGUUCCUGGAGGAGUUAAGAGGCGAAAAGUUUCAAGUAGACACCUGGGAAGAAAUGUUAACUAAGGCAGAGGUGGGUCAUGGCUAUAUGGACCGCCCUUGCCUUAACCCAUCAGAUUUGGACUGCCCAAGCUCUGCUCCCAAUAAAAAUUCAACCAACCCUCUGGAUGUUGCUCUUGUUUUAAGUGGUGGAUGCUAUGGUCUUUCGAGAAAGUACAUGCACUGGCAGGAGGAGCUGAUCAUUGGUGGUACCGUUAAGAAUGCAAGCGGAAAACUUGUCAGUGCCCAGGCAUUGCAAACCAUGUUUCAGUUAAUGACACCUAAACAAAUGUAUGAGCACUUCAAGGAGUAUGAAGACGUUGCUAAUAUAAAUUGGAAUGAAGACAAAGCAGCAGCCAUCUUGGAGGCAUGGCAACGGACUUAUGUUCAGGUUGUACAUCAAAGUGUUGCACAAAACUCCACCCAGAAAGUUCUUUCCUUUACCACGACUACACUGGAUGACAUUUUGAAAUCCUUCUCUGAUGUCAGCGUUAUCCGAGUUGCUAGUGGCUACCUACUAAUGCUUGCCUAUGCCUGUUUAACCAUGCUGAGAUGGGACUGUGCCAAGUCCCAGGGUGCCGUAGGGUUGGCUGGAGUCUUGUUGGUUGCGCUUUCAGUAGCUGCAGGAUUGGGCCUGUGUUCAUUGAUUGGAAUUUCCUUUAAUGCUGCAACAACUCAGGUUUUGCCUUUUCUUGCUCUGGGGGUUGGUGUAGAUGAUGUCUUUCUGUUGGCACACACAUUUAGUGAAACUGGCCAGAAUAAAAGGAUUCCAUUUGAGGAUAGGACUGGUGAAUGUCUAAAGAGAACUGGAGCGAGUGUUGCCUUGACUUCCAUCAGCAAUGUGACAGCAUUUUUCAUGGCUGCUCUAAUACCAAUUCCUGCACUCCGGGCAUUCUCCUUACAAGCUGCUGUUGUUGUGGUGUUUAAUUUUGCCAUGGUGCUGUUGAUAUUCCCCGCUAUUCUAAGCAUGGACCUUUACCGAAGGAGAGAUCGCAGACUUGACAUAUUUUGCUGUUUCAGCAGUCCCUGUGUCAGCAGAGUGAUUCAGAUUGAACCCCAAGCUUAUACAGACAAUAAUGAAAAUACGCGCUACAGCCCUCCUCCACCUUACAGCAGUCACAGCUUCGCCCAUGAAACGCAAAUCACGAUGCAGUCAACUGUACAACUGCGCACAGAGUAUGACCCACGUACUCAGUCAUACUACACUACAGCAGAACCACGAUCUGAAAUUUCUGUGCAACCAGCUGUUUCUGCACCACAGGAAGUGAGUCCACCGAACCCAGAGAGCACUAGUUCCACUCGAGACCUUCUUUCCCAGUUCUCCGAGGCAGGCUUGCACUGUAUAGAACCUCCCUGUUCAAAGUGGACCCUUUCAUCAUUUGCAGAGAAGCACUAUGCCCCUUUCUUGCUAAAACCAAAAACAAAGGUUAUUGUUAUAUUUUACUUCUUGGCUUUGCUUGGCCUCAGCCUCUAUGGCACCACUCGAGUAAGGGAUGGUCUUGAUCUAACAGACAUUGUACCUCGGGAGACCAGAGAAUAUGACUUUAUUGCAGCACAGUUUAAAUACUUCUCAUUCUACAACAUGUAUGUGGUGACACAGAAAGCAGAUUAUCCCCGGAUCCAGCAUUUGCUAUACGACCUUCACAAAAGCUUUGCCGACGUUAAGUAUGUCUUACUGGAGGGAGACAAACAGCUUCCCAGAAUGUGGCUGCAUUAUUUUCGUGAUUGGCUGCAAGGACUACAAGAUACUUUUGACCAUGAAUGGGAAGCUGGAAAAAUUACCUAUAACAAUUACAGAAAUGGAUCUGAUGAUGCCGUUCUUGCCUAUAAACUUUUAAUACAAACUGGCAACUCAGAUAAACCUUUUGACAUCAGUCAGUUAACUAAACAACGCUUGGUAGAUGCAGAUGGAAUCGUUCAUCCUAAUGCUUUCUACAUCUACUUAACGGCCUGGGUGAGUAAUGAUCCUGUGGCAUAUGCUGCAUCCCAAGCCAAUAUCCGCCCUCAUCCACCAGAAUGGGUCCAUGACAAAGCAGACUUCAUGCCGGACACCAAGACAAUUCGUGCAGCCGAGCCGAUAGAGUAUGCCCAGUUUCCUUUCUACCUCAACGGUCUGCGUGAAACGUCAGAUUUUGUGGAAGCUAUUGAGAAAGUUCGAGCUAUUUGCAACAAUUAUACCAGUCUUGGGUUGUCAAGCUAUCCAAAUGGCUACCCGUUUCUGUUCUGGGAGCAGUACAUUGGGCUUCGUCACUGGCUGCUUCUGUCCAUCAGCGUAGUUCUGGCCUGUACGUUUCUGGUGUGUGCCCUUUUUCUCUUGAACCCCUGGACUGCUGGAAUCAUUGUCAUGGUAUUGGCACUCAUGACAGUUGAACUUUUUGGAAUGAUGGGACUUAUUGGCAUUAAACUGAGUGCUGUGCCUGUAGUGAUCCUGAUAGCCUCUGUUGGUAUUGGAGUGGAAUUUACUGUCCAUGUGGCACUGGCAUUUCUUACUGCUAUUGGGGACAAGAAUCGACGAGCCGUUCUUGCGUUGGAACAUAUGUUUGCCCCUGUGUUGGAUGGAGCAGUUUCUACCCUGUUGGGUGUCCUUAUGCUGGCUGGAUCAGAGUUUGACUUCAUUGUCAGAUACUUCUUUGCAGUCCUGGCAAUAUUAACUCUUCUUGGGGUCCUGAACGGAUUGGUGCUACUUCCUGUUUUGCUGUCAUUUUUUGGACCUUACCCUGAGGUAUCUCCGAUUAAUGGAACAGAUAGGUUAUCCAUGCCUUCCCCAGAUCCUCCACCAAAUAUCGUACGUUUUCCUGUCCUUCCUCGGCAACCACACAACGGGUCAGAUUCUUCUGAUUCAGAAUACAGUUCUCAGACCACAGUUUCAGGAAUCAGCGAAGAGCUACAUCAGUACGAAGCACACCAUGGUUCUGGCCUUCCGUCCCGUCAAGUCAUUGUGCAGGCCACAGGGAACCCAGUGUUUCCUAGGUGCACGGUUGUUCAAGCAGACACUAGGAAUCCUCGGCCAAGUCAAAGAACAAACACAGAGUCUAGACCUCAUCAACAAUGUCGCCCAAGCAGGAAUCAGAGGUGGGAUUCAAUGGAAGGGUCACGACCACCUCCAUGCAGACCGCGAAGGGACGCUUUUGAGUCUCCUACUGAAGAGCAUGCUGGUCCUAGUACCAGGGAACGCUCAGGACAUAGAUCUCACACGCAGAACAUUAGAAAAACUGCAUUUGCUCCAACUAGUGCUUCAGUGCCAACAUACGGUCAGCCAAUAACUACUGUGACUGCCUCCGCUUCAGUUACUGUUGCUGUUCAUCCUUCUAUGUGUAGCCACAACUCUCGUGCGCGUCACCCAUUCUGCAGUUCUUACCAUGAAAAUGACAGGGGACCUUUUGAGGACCCUCAUGUGCCUUUUAAUGUGCGGUACGAGAGAAGGGACUCUAAAGUAGAAGUGAUAGAGCUGCAAGAUGUUGAGUGUGAAGAUAGGACACAAGGAAAUGGCUUAAAUUAAGGGAAUGCACAUUCUGAAUCAUUGAUGGCCAAAGACGGGACAGAAUAUCCAGAAUGAUUAUUGAAAGCUGCUGGAGGUUUUCUAGAAAGGACAUGCUGCAUCAGGAUAAACAGUUCACUGUUACUGUAACCUAUUGUAUAAUUGUGUUAAAUAUUGCUAUAAAUAUUUAAGAGGUGUAUACAUAUGUAAAAUACAAGAGAGAAAUGUAAAGUUAGAAUAAUUGUGGAGUUAUUUGACUCCUUUUAACAGAUGGGAGCAAACAUGUUUGCCCUCUCUAAACAAUGUACAGCAUUUGUGCCACAAUUAAGAUUAAUCUAGAUAUUAAAUUCAGCGUAUUUGUUUUCUGCUGCUUAAAUAUUGUAUAAUUACUUGUAUAAUUCUAUGCAAAUAUUGCUUAUUUGAUAGGUGUUAUUUUAUACAUGUAAAGUCACAUGUUCAGAUGUGUUAAAUGUUCAUAUCACAAUCCUGUGGUAGUAUGUUACUGAUAAUUUUCAAACACGCUAUGCGUGAUUUUUAAUUAUUUUUUCUUUCAAAUGGGCAGAUAUGAAGAAUUUGUCUUAUCUGGUGUCCUGUCUCUAUGUGAAGCUAUAUGCAAGAUCUCUUGCUGUUGUAAUGUUGUAGAUUUGUUUGUUUGUGUCAUGUGACAUCAUACCAUUUAGAAUUGUGUGUUUGUGCCUUGCCACAUCGUUCUGUCUCUUCCAUUGUGAUGCAUAUUCUUGGUGUGCUUGUGUAAACCCCUAAAAUCCAGGACCCCUUUUUCCAUACUGAGCACUUAAUAGCUGGAGACUUAAUAGCUGUUACAGACUUUUAAGAUAAAUGUAAUAUGUCCCAUGUAUGUAAAAUAUGAGGCUGCAGUAUUUUAUGUUUUUAGCAGAAGCACUUCCAACAUUGAAGAGGUCAGAACCGAAUUUUUAUUUUGGCAUAUGUUGGCCACUCUGCCGUACAUUGGUGCUACUAUAACUAUUUCUAAACAAAUUAUUAAUUUUUAUUACUUGACUCUGAAAAUAUAAUUAUUUCUCUAACUACCUCCCCUUCUCCCUUACAUACAUAGAUUUAUUUUGUCUUUCAGAGUUUAUCUAUAUGCUGUUAAUUUAAUACAAACAUUUUUUUUUUCUUGUUUAGUUUCUAUGUUUAAACAUCAGCAUACUGUAGAAAUGCAGCUCUGUGCACAUCAGGAGACUUUUGUGCUUGACAAAGCAAAACCUUGCUCCUAAAAUAGGUUUAGCUGAGGAUAUGAUACUAGGCACUUGAUGUAAAAUGAAAAAUCCUAAUAAGGGAUAUGUAGCUGUCCUUCCUUGUAAAUAUAAGCUAUUUUGUAUAAGCACACUGAAACGAAAAUCUGUGAGUGCCAGAGGAAUGCUAAAAUUGUGUCACUGAUUGGGUUAAACAAUUACCUUUUUUUGUGUUCAGCACAAUCUCCUUAUAUAGAUAAUACGAUAAUGGGCCCUGUCUGCUUUUAGUGCAAUAACUGCAGAUUAAAAGCUAAAUCCAUGCGUUUACAUGCUAUGUAAAGCUGCGUUAAUUAAGCUUUUUUUUUUUAAGGUUUGAAUGUCUGUAGUUGUAUACUGUUUUUCAGUAAACCCUGACUAUUCACAAAAUACAGGAAGAGGGGGAUAACAAGCCACCACUGACAGUACUCAUGCCUAAAAUAUAUCCCUUCACUCAAUGUCCCAGUCAUCCCAAAAUGUAUUGAGUAACUGAUGUGAAGCUGCUUUAAUUGGAUCUCUAUGGAACGAGAAAAAUUAAAGUUAAUUGAGAAAUUUUAAUUUAGUCAAUUUGUUAAGUUGUAAUAAUUGCAGGUAUUAGUGAAGGUACUUGACUAUGAUCAGAUCAAAGCAGACGUAGACAGCAGGUACUUUUCCAAACCCAUUGUGGAACUGCCACUGGCAGGCUAGCAAAACCUAGGACGAGUUGUAGUUCCACAUGAGCUGGAUGGGUAUACCGGGGUUAAAGGAACUGUUUGUAAAAGUGUCGAUGUGUUAAUAAACAGUCUAUACUAUUAUGCAGGCAACAUUGGUAGCAAAUGAAUAUGCUGGCUUUAUAUACGUGAUUAUUAUAUUGAAAAAACAAAUUUAUUAAAAUUGGUUCAUCCACUCGGUGACAUUAACAUUUACAAGUGAACUUUUAAAGUGAAUUUUAAAUUUAAGGUCCAUGUAGCCGAAAUUGCAGCACAGCUGACUUAGAGAAUAUUUUCAGUUCGGCUAGUUUGACCUUAAAUUGGAAAUUCACCAUGAAUUUUCACUUCAAUGAAUAAACCCGAUAGUCUUCUGUUAGUUUUUGCCAGCUACAUUUUAAGCAUUGUGCCAGUAAGACUGUUUGCCUUGGUUCAAACAAAUGUCCACUACUUAAAACCUGGUUAUAGAAUUACCAUCAGAUGUCAAGGUCUAAGUUUUACAUAGAGAUUUAAA